GUCGUCAACACCGCCAACAUCAACAGGGUAAGCCAUCUAUAAAAUGCCUCUCCAGGAAUACCAGGUCGUCGGGCGCCAUCUGCCCACCGAGUCCGACCCGACUCCCAAGAUCUACCGUAUGCGCAUUUUUGCGCCCAAUGAAGUCGUCGCCAAGUCGCGCUUCUGGUACUUCCUGAGGCAACUGAAGAAGGUCAAGAAGGCCAGUGGAGAGAUCAUUGGCGUCAACGUUAUCCACGAAAAGAAGCCCCUCAAGGUCAAGAACUUUGGUAUCUGGCUUCGCUACGACUCCCGCUCCGGCACGCACAACAUGUACAAGGAGUUCCGCGAGCUCAGCCGUGCUGACGCUGUGAAGGCCCUCUACCAAGACAUGGCUGCCAGGCACCGUGCCCGCUUCCGGUCGAUCCACAUUCUCCGAGUUGUGGAGAUUGAAAAGACUGAGGACAUCCGCCGCCCGUACAUCAGGCAGCUGCUCACGCCCAAACUCAAGUUCCCGUUGCCUCAUCGCGUGUCCAAGGUGCGCUCGACCUUCGUCGCGCACCGCCCGGCAACUUUCUAGUUUGGUGCUGUGCCGUCUUAUUGCUUUGUCCGUGCCCUCCGUGGGACGUCGUGGGGCGUACUGUACUAUCAUGCACUAUGGUAUUAUGACCAAUAUACUCAUGUGAUGGACCCCGCAA